AUGGCCGCCCGUCACGCCCGCUGUCACGAAGGGCGACAUGAAGCGCCCGCGGGUUUGCGGUCUGUCACGAAACACUGUGCCCGCGGCGUCUCCAGCGUCGAGAGGCAGGCUCGCAGCCGUCGUCGUCGGAUGCGGCCCUGGCGCGAAGCUGUCCAGUGUCGAAGCGCGAUCUCGUACUCGGCAGCGACUCCAGGGCUGCAAGUCAUCGGCGCUCCAGCGACAGUGCGCGGCGAGCGAGACGGCGAGCGGCGCGGCGGUGAAAGGCGGCCAGCGAGCGAGCGGCUGGGGAGCGCUGGAGGGCGGCCGCCUCGCUGCAUGCCACCACCUCCCACGCUAGGCGUCUGA